CGAAUCAAAGAUAGCACUGUAGUUAGUAUUGGGAUCACGCUAUCCACGCUGAAUCUACGGACUGUCUCGCUCUCUCCAAAAUUGUAUAAAAGCAUUUGUGGUUGUGGAACACCAGAUCUUACACUUGGCGUGAUAGCACUUCGUCACUUCCUCAAAUAGCGCCCUGCUAUCAUUAUUCAUAAUUGUCCCAGACACGAAUUUCACGGGGUCUCCGGUGCGGUACGGUUUCUGAUACCAGUUUCUUCACGAGACGAGCGGGGAUGAGUUGCUCUGAAAAUUCGCAGUUGAAAAUCGUUACCGGCGAGGCUGGUUACGUGCUCGAAGAUGUCCCUCACCUCACUGACUACAUUACCGAUCUUCCUACUUAUCCGAAUCCACUGCGAUUUAAUCCUGCUUACUCGGUGGUUAAGCAGUAUUUUGUUCACGUGGACGAUACCGUUCCUCAGAAGAUCGUUGUUCACAAGAAUAGCCCAAGAGGGACACACUUUCGGCGUGCAGGACCUCGACAAAAGGUCUAUUUUGAGUCAGAGGAAGUGCACGCGUGUAUUGUAACAUGUGGUGGUCUAUGCCCUGGGCUCAACACUGUGAUCAGGGAAAUUGUGUGCGGUCUCUAUCACAUGUAUGGUGUUUCUAGAAUCCUUGGGAUAGAUGGAGGAUACAAGGGCUUUUAUGCUCGAAAUACCAUUACUUUAACACCUAAGGUUGUCAAUGAUAUUCAUAAACGUGGUGGUACCAUCCUUGGGACAUCACGAGGAGGCCAUGAUACCUCGAAGAUUGUUGACAGCAUUCAGGAUCGUGGAAUUAAUCAGGUUUAUAUAAUUGGAGGAGAUGGAACUCAAAAAGGAGCUGCUGUCAUAUAUGAGGAAAUUAGACGGCGUGGACUCAAAGUUGCAGUUGCCGGAAUUCCUAAAACCAUAGAUAAUGACAUUCCUGUUAUUGACAAGUCCUUUGGUUUUGAUACUGCGGUUGAGGAAGCCCAACGUGCCAUUAAUGCAGCUCAUGUUGAAGCUGAAAGUAUCGAGAAUGGAAUUGGUGUUGUAAAAUUAAUGGGACGCUACAGUGGUUUCAUUGCAAUGUAUGCUACUCUUGCCAGCCGUGAUGUGGACUGUUGCUUGAUUCCCGAGUCUCCCUUCUAUCUUGAAGGAAAAGGUGGACUUUUUGAUUAUAUUGAAAAACGACUCAAAGAAAAUGGACAUAUGGUUAUUGUGAUAGCCGAGGGAGCAGGACAGGAUCUUCUUUCAGAGAGUUUGCAAUCCAUGAACUUGAAAGAUGCUUCAGGGAACAAGCUACUACAAGAUGUUGGGCUGUGGAUAUCUCAGAGGAUCAAGGAUCAUUUUGCUAGACAGCAUAAUAAGAUGGUUAUUAAUCUUAAAUAUAUAGAUCCGACAUACAUGAUCCGGGCAAUUCCAAGCAAUGCUUCCGACAAUGUCUACUGCACGCUUCUUGCUCAAAGUGCAGUUCACGGAGCAAUGGCUGGUUACACCGGCUUCACAAGUGGGCUUGUCAAUGGCAGGCAGACAUAUAUUCCUUUCAACCGUGUCACUGAGAGGCAGAACAAGGUCGUGAUUACAGAUAGGAUGUGGGCAAGACUCCUUGCUUCGACCAACCAGCCUAGCUUUCUGGACCCCAAAGAUGUAACUGAAGUCAAGAAAGAGGAAGAACCUCAAACCCAAUUGUUGGACGGGGAGAAUUGUAAAGAUCCAUUGGCUAAAGACAUUCCCAGUUUGACAUAAAAUGUAGGAGUGGACUCUGUUUUGUCCAACAUCUUCUUUUAAAACCAGUAGCCAAGCUUAGUUGAUGCCAACACCCAAAUAUUGGGUGAUAGGAAUUUGUAUUUGACUAAAUAAUGACUUUGCUCAAAUUAUUUAUGCUUGACGCUUGAUAUGAUAAUGGCAUGUUUGAAUGCUUAUGGUA